CUUCCCCGCAUCCCGCCGAGCGAGCCUGACACUGACCAGCUGCCCAGCCGGCCUGGACAGGUCGUUUAAUCAAAGCCUGCGAUCAGCACAGCCUCUCCUGAGAUCACUGGGCAGAUGCACCCGCCCAGCCAUCUGGCGCAGCCACUCUUUCUGACCCUGGACCCGCGCGUACCCCAGACAGAGGCAUACACACUCAAAGCGAAUAUGGCCAAAUUCUCAGACACGGAGAUACAGACAGCCUCAGGGGGGACCGAAGACCCAGACAGCCCAGCAUGGGGCCUCCGAUGUCGUCAGCCCAGCCCACCCGCGCUCACCUAGACUCUGGUCCCCGUCCCCUAAUGCUCCCUGCACAUAAUGAGCCCCAGGGACCGAGAGGCCGCGGGCCCCAGCCCACCCCCUGUGGCCACCCCCCCGCCCCCCCCAGCUGCAGCAGCCCGACACCAAGAGACACGGCCCGCUCGGUCCCACAGACCCUGAGACAUCAAACCUCAUGUGGGCAUCGGGCCACCCGUGGCCCCCAGGUCAGGUCCCGGCCCACCAGCACACAGCCCACCAGAGGAGGCUGCUUCUCCCUCACCCCCUCCCUGGCCAGGCUCCUCAACCCCGACACACCAGCCCCCAACUUCAGAGCCCCCCCGGGGCAGACAGGCCAGUCCCUGUCUGCUCUCUCCUGCCCCAUCAGGGAUGCCCCCCCACUCCCCACUCACCAAGCCCACCAAGCCCUCCACCCCGGCCGGGUCACUCCCUGCCCAGAGCUGCCCAAGCAGGCAUCCGGGCAGGGGAUCACAGGCGGGGGCAGGCAGCAGCCCCAGGCCCGGCCAACCCCCUCUCCCGGGAGGGCCUCCAUGCGGGCCCUCCUGGGCUGGGGCAGCACUCAGGGGACCCCCAUCCCCACCACGAGUCCAGGGGCAGUGCAGGUCCCUGCCUGGUGGCGGCGCGACACCAAACAUCACCCACCACUUCAGCACAGGCGCUCCCUUCACCGCCUGCGACACAACUGGGUCUCCGACACGCCUGCCCCUCCCCGGAGCCUCUCUGCCCAGUGGCGCCACACCACAGCUCCCACUGGUGCUGGGCGGAGCUGGUGUCCGGGGCGCUCCUGGAGGCCGGGGGGCCAGUGUUUGGGCACCACGCUCAGAAUUCUACUCUCACUCGGGGGCUGUGAGCCCCCCACCCGGGUCCCAGCUGCCCCCCGCCCCAGCAUCCAGCAUCCCUGGGAGGCAUCCUGGUGGGACUGGACACCUGACAGCGGAUGGACCCCAGGACAGGGCGAGGGUCUGGAUGUGCAGGAGCGGCCCAUCUCAGGAAGACAGCCUCACCUCAAGCGUCAUCCCACGUACCCAGGACUCGGCCAUUAUCACCGCAGGCCCCGUGCUCCUCUGGACGUGGGGGUGUGGAGGUCAGAGGCGAGCCCGGCUCUGAGCAGCUAGGCCACGGAAGGCUCCUCCAGGGCCCUCCCGCUCAGCAGACGCACCGACACUGUGACGGCCACGCCCCCGCCCCCCAGCUCCCCUCCAUCCGGGCGGAGGGCGCGCUGUCUGCCCCUGGGACGAUGGAGGCACCAGCCUCUGCUGGGGGGUGCAGACAAAUGCAGGCUGACCACCCUGAGACCGCAGUUAAUCUCGGUCAAAAGCGUGGCAGGGGGCGGGGUGUCCUCCACCCAGUGAUUUGCAUUUUUAUUAAAUCACACAGAAA